CUACUUUCUCCCGUUCUUUUCUCCUGCAGAGGUCUCGCCGCACUUCUUUGCCCUCCCGCCGCGAGCACGAGCGCCAAACCAAGCAGUGGGAAGAGAAGAGACCGCGAGAGUCUUCUGGAGACCCACUCCUUCGCGAGAAGCCCAACCCGCCCCGGCCCCGACAUCCCGUGACCAUGGCCAACUCCGGCGACGAGGGGCGCGUUGUGAUGGACCUCCGCUCCGCUGCGGAGUCGGCGGGCGGCGAUGAGGCGCUUCACGAAAUCGAGUCUCUCUGCAUGCGCUGCGGCGAAAAUGGCACCACGAGGUUGCUGCUGACUACGAUCCCCAACUUCCGGGAGGUUGUUCUGAUGGCUUUCGAAUGCCCGCAUUGCAGUGAAAGGAACAACGAGGUCCAGUUUGCUGGACAGCUCCAGCCCAAGGGAUGUUGCUACCGCUUGGACGUCCCUCAAGGGCAGAACGAGGUACUGAACCGUCAGGUCGUCAAAUCUGAUUCAGCAACUAUCAAGAUUCCGGAACUGGACUUUGAGAUUCCUCCGGAAGCUCAACGCGGAACACUUUCAACAGUGGAAGGGAUUAUUAUGCGAGCUGUGGAGGAGUUGCAGGCACUUCAAGAUGAAAGAAAGAAAGCGGAUCCUCAAAAAGCUGAAGCUAUUGAUCAGUUUUUAAUGAAAUUGAGAUCUCUCGGAUCAGGAGAAGCUGCGUUUACCUUUGUUCUUGAUGAUCCUGCUGGAAACAGCUUCAUUGAGAACCCGCAUGCUCCUUUAUCAGAUCCUUUGUUAUCUGUGAGUUUCUAUGAAAGGACAUCUGAACAACAAGCAGCACUUGGUUUUCUUGUUGAUCCACCGACCGGAGAAUCCGAAGAUCCUUUGCAGAAUGCUUCAACAGUUGAGGCAAAUUCUGGCGGGUUGCCAAAGGUACCCCAUGGUUCAGUUGGAGCUGUUGCAGGUCGUCGUGCUAUUGCUCAGGGAAACCCUGAUGAAAUUGCUUCAGCACUGUGUAGGUAUACAGCACCAGAAGAGGUUGAUACUUUGCCAUCAACAUGUGGAGCCUGUGGAGCUGCAUGUGUGACUCGUUUCUUUGCUACAAAAAUCCCAUAUUUCCGUGAGGUAAUUGUUAUGGCAGCUUCAUGUGAGCUGUGUGGUUAUCGCAACUCACAGUUGAAACCUGGGGGUGAAAUUCCGGCUAAAGGAAAGAAAAUUACGUUACAUGUGCAGAACGUAGAAGAUCUUUCUCGUGAUGUCAUAAAGUCAGAUUCGGCCGGUUUGAAAGUACCUGAACUUGAGUUGGAGCUGUCAAUGGGUACAUUGGGUGGUAUUGUCACGACAGUUGAAGGUUUAAUUGUGAAAAUAUCUCUAGAGCGGGUUCAUGGAUUCCAAUUGGGUGAUAGCACAAAUGAAUGGAAGAAAAAGAAAUGGGAUGAUUUCCAGCAAAGAUUAUCAAAGCUCCUGAGUUUACAAGAGCCUUGGACCUUAAUUAUUGAUGAUGCGUUAGCGGCUUCGUUUGUCGCUCCAGCCACAGAUUUGAUAGAAGAUGACAUCCAGCUACUCAGUAAGUUAGCCCAAUCUUUUGUGCUCAGGUUGUAACCUGUAAUAUUAUGGACUACAGUACUUAUCUAAAACUUGAUACACUUGUAUUUUGAAAAAAAAACUUGAUAAACUUCCUGUUUUCUGCAACA